AUGGAUCUUUCCUGGAACUUGACUGACGGAAAUCUAGUCGGUACGACUAGUGAUACCUUGCUUGAGAGUAUGGAUACCAAUGAUAUUAAUAAUACUCCUGUUUUAGCUUCAACAUCACUUAACUUGGCUGAUAUGCCAGAGAUUAUGGAUACCUCAACUGAUCAAUCAAGUUUAAUGACAGCAGGGAAUAAGCGUUCAAUAAUUUAUGAAACAGACACAUUAAUGAGCCUUAAUUCCAACACCAUGACCACUGAUAGUUUCAAUCUUGAAAAUAAUACAAAUUUGUCGAAAUUAUCGGCAGCAGAACCGCAACAAAGAGCCGAUCCACCAUCGAAAAAGAUGAAAUCUUCAAAUGAUGAAAACAAUGAGAUACCGCUCAAUCCCUAUCUAGUAUUCUUUGCGGAAAUGCAGCGAAAAAUCAGAGACAAACGACCUUCGAUUCUCUUCGAUGAAUUAUCGGAGAUAAUUAAACGACAGUGGGCUUCAUUAACUGAAGAAGAAAAACAGGAAUAUAUUCGUCCAUCAAGUGAACAAAGAUCGAAUGAAUCCAUGCAGGUUCCUAAUCUGCUAGAGACUGCGACGAAUUUAAUGACAGAAACUAACGACGAAGGGUCUGUUACACCAAAAGAGUCAAAUCCAUCCCCUGAGAAGCAGAAAAAUGAAAUUGGUGAUGAUGGCAGUUUAAGAUGUAUUCGAGCAGGAUGUAACAAUAUUGCAAGCGGUAUACAACUGCGUGGAGGUAUAACUUUUACAGUAAUGUUCACAUGGUUAGCGUGA